UUCCGGUGCCCUUUCUCCCGCGAGCACCUGGGGCCCGGACCCUCGUGUGGAGGUUGCGAUCCGUAAACUGGAGAGCUGUAGAGGCGGGCCGGCACCCCCUUCGGACCACUGGUGCCGCCGGCCUCAGGACCGAACAUGGCCCAGAACUUGAAGGACUUAGCGGGACGGCUGCCCUCCGGGCCCCGGGGCAUGGGCACGGCGCUGAAGCUGCUGCUGGGGGCCGGCGCCGUGGCGUACGGCGUCCGCGAGUCGGUGUUCACCGUGGAAGGAGGGCACAGAGCCAUUUUCUUUAAUCGGAUCGGAGGCGUGCAGCAGGACACCAUUCUGGCCGAGGGCCUUCACUUCAGGAUCCCCUGGUUCCAGUACCCCAUCAUCUAUGACAUUCGCGCCAGACCCCGAAAAAUUUCCUCCCCCACAGGCUCCAAAGACCUGCAGAUGGUGAACAUCUCCCUACGGGUGCUGUCCAGACCCAACGCCACGGAGCUGCCCAGCAUGUACCAGCGCCUGGGGCUGGACUACGAGGAGCGCGUGCUGCCGUCCAUCGUCAACGAGGUGCUCAAGAGCGUGGUGGCGAAGUUCAACGCCUCCCAGCUGAUCACCCAGCGGGCCCAGGUGUCCUUGUUGAUCCGACGGGAGCUGACAGAGAGGGCCAAGGACUUCAGCCUCAUACUGGAUGAUGUAGCCAUCACUGAGCUGAGCUUUAGCCGAGAAUACACGGCUGCUGUAGAAGCUAAACAAGUGGCCCAGCAAGAGGCCCAGCGGGCCCAGUUCUUGGUGGAGAAAGCGAAGCAGGAACAGCGGCAGAAGAUCGUGCAGGCCGAGGGUGAGGCUGAGGCUGCCAAGAUGCUGGGAGAAGCUCUGGGCAAGAACCCAGGCUACAUCAAGCUGCGCAAGAUUCGGGCAGCCCAGAACAUCUCCAAGACGAUCGCCACGUCGCAGAAUCGCAUCUAUCUCACCGCUGACAACCUUGUGCUGAACCUACAGGAUGAAAGUUUCACCCGGUGA